ACUGGAGCGUGGCUGGUGUUUGGGUAAGCGUAUGGUUGCGGCUACACUCUUCUCCGGGAGGUCGUGCAGUGGCGGUUGGGAUUACGGACAGUUUGCUCUCAUUUGCAUCGAGUCUUGCAGAAGUCGCAAUGAUAUACCCCUUGCGGCAAACGACCAACAUGACGAAGAUAGUGAAAAUGCUCGUCGCCUUCAUCCUGCUCUCGUUCAUUAUCGUCAGUGUGUUCAACCACCUCGUAGAUGACAGAAUCGCCAUCACAAAAAGUAGGAAGGAUGUGAGUGAAAUUGUGGAAGAACUCAAGAAGGAGGUUGAGGCAGACAGUGUACCAGAAGCCAAGGAAGAAAGAGCAUGCAACAUCCCAGGGCUCCAAAAUUACGACCAGUUCUUUGCGGCUGUUACCACACUCGAGACAAAGUGCAACAAAUCUAAAACCUUUGGAGGUCCGCCCAGAGGAACGUACGACGCCCAAAAGUCCAUCUGUAUCGAUGAAAGGUUCAAGAUUACGCCCAACAACUGCAUUGUUUUCUCGUUCGGUAUCAACAAUGAUUUCAGUUUUGAAGAUGACAUGGCCGAUUUCGGUUGCAAAGUAUAUGCGUACGACCCUACAAUGAAGGUGAACGACCACCAGCGAUCACCGAAUGUUUGGUUCUUUGCCACGGGAAUCUCGAACUACCAAGGACUGAAAUCGGUUGGAAUGGACAAUAACUGGAUUGAUGGGAAGGUGGACAGGUUCGAGAACUUAGUGAAGGCCGUCGGGGUGGAAGGGAGGGCCAUCGACGUGGUGAAGCUGGACGUGGAGUUGGCGGAGAUAGAUUUCCUGCAAGACAUGCUGUUCAACUCUCGCCAUGUGCUCAAGAACAUCAAGCAGAUAGCCAUGGAAAUUCAUUCGGAUCUGUCAAAAAAAAGCGUGGCUCAGAUCACAUCACACCAAAUAUUCUGGCCGUACUUGCACCUGAUGAGAUGUGCAGGGUUUAAACUCAUCGCCUCGAGAUCCGGAGGAAUCUGGAGAGAGGUUGUGUGGGCGUUGGAGAGAGAGUGGUAGCGUGUAAUGCACAGAUAAAACAUCUCAUGUCCGGCACUCCCUUGGCCGUCGCCGCUCCACUGAACUGUUUUGAACCAUAGUAAAGCAAUAACAGAACACCUAUACAGAAUUCUAUAAUAUAUUGUUGCUGUCAUUCCGUUUUAAUGCAGUUGUUAGAAAUCCUGCACAAAAUAUAAGAGAAAAUAUACCAAAAAUUAGUUUACUACACUAACAUGAGGCAGCAUAGUGUAACUAUACAGUAUUAUGGAUUUCGAAUAUAUCAAAAUAUUGCCGAACAACAGAAUAACGGAUUAGGGAUAUUUAACCUGUGAUCAAGAGAGUGCGGGAUCCCCGUUAAGAAAUAAAUAAAAUGUGUGUUAUCAUUGUUGUGUUCUCCUGGAAAAAAAUAUUGUUAUAGAUUAUAGUUUAGUUUACUAUAUAUAGUCGUCGAUUGU